AUGCAUUCAGUUGUGAUUGACAGAAGAAAUGAUCCAGCAGCUGAUACAGGAUGCUUCGAACAAAUUUUUAAACAAAUUAUUCCAAAAACUCCUGCAUACAUGGGCUUAAAUUUGUCACUCAAAGGUCAACGCAUUGUUCCGAAAAUAACUCAGAAGCGUGAAGUCAAAUGUGAAAGAAGUGAAACGAAAUCGCUUCAUUCUAUUUAUACUUUGGCACGUUUAGCAUCUUCAUCAAACAGGGUGAGAAGAAGUGUUGGAUCUUCUACAGGCCCGACAAUCAUGGACUUUAUGCAGUGCAUCAAUUUCAAAUCGAGACUUGAUCGUGAACGUGAAAUGAUUCGUAGAAAAAUUAAAUCAUCGACGCUUUACAGAAAGCCAAGUUUUGCUAAAUCUUCUUCAGGAUUUAACAUUUACAAUGGAAACGAAGAGUUUGGGAAAGUUUCUUGUUUAAGUAAAAAUGUUAAAGUCAAUGACGACAUUAUUAAAAGUUUAAAAUCGCCAUUGAACUUGUUGGCUGAUGAAGAACUAGAAAACGGAAGUUAUGGAGAAGACAAGAAAAUUUUGUGUAUUGGAAACAAAUAUUUAGAUCUGACAUCUAAUCAUGGCACAUCUCCAUUGACAAAAACUGUUUCAACACCUUCAAUCAAUGAAAUGAUACAAAUUGAGCUUUCUGAUGACAACAAUCACAUCACAUCAGAUUUUACACGAGCAAUUUCUCAUUCACAUUUAUCUCCUUCAUCACCAUCAGUGACUUCAUCUCUUAACAAGUUAAUUUUAAAUAAAACCGAGAAUGAGAAAGAAACAAAAGUCGUCGAUAUGAUGAUAGACAAUGUCAGUCCAAUCAAACAUGCCGAUUCUAAGCUUUCCUCAUCUGAUGUUAUUGAACAACAAAAUUGUAUUUGCCCGCCAUUAAUCUCCGAUGGUUCGAUUAAAAAUAAAGACAAUCACAAUAGUAAGAACACUAAGAGAAGCACUAAUUACAUGUACUCUAUCGGUAUGACUGUUGGUAAAUACAGUGAUGCUCAGAAGACAGAAAUUACACUUGACGACUUGUCUAAUCGUAUGAUUAAAACUAAGGAAUUAAAAUCACAAAAUAACUCAAAUAUCGCUACACCCACAUCAUCAAAAAUAAAGAAAAGCAGCGGAAUUUCCUUGCGAAAGAAAUCAAUCAAAGAAAAGUGUAGACUAGCCAUGGCAAUAGAAUGUAGUCACUGA